GGUGACACAGAGAACCCAAGUGUGGACUGGGUUUCUGCAAGGCCAGAAAGGUCUACGUUCUCCAGCGGGACCACAGGCUGCAGCCUGGAGUCCUGUGACGGUGGCUGUGCCCAGGGGUGGGGAACUCGGGGAGAAAAAUCUGGAAGCCAGAGAGUGGCAGAGAGGGAGGGGAAAUGAGAGCCCCGUGGGCCCACGGUGGGGAGGCGGGAGGGUUUCUCAGACAGGGAAGUGGGCAGAGGGUGAGGGUUGCCUGUGCGGGCGGCAGGGGAAGUCAGAUGAAGGCAGGAGGGCCUGGAGGGCAGCACCAUCCGUGUCCUGCUGAGGCAUCCUUCUCCUGCCGUGCCGCAAUGCUGCUCCCGCUGCUCCUGACUUUCCAGGGACUUCUUCUCCACCGUGCAGCAGGCACCGGGGCAUCCCAGGCCCCACAUCCCCCUGGUCCGGCCGCAGAGGAGCCGCUGUCCUUCCACGUACUCCAGGCCUCCUCGUUUGCCAACCACAGCUGGGCACACUCGCAGGGCUCGGGCUGGCUGGGCGACGUGCAGACGCACGGUUGGGACACAUCCUUGGACACCAUCCGCUUCCUGUGGCCCUGGUCGCGGGGGAACUUCAGCACCCAGGAGCUGAACAACCUCCAGAGCCUGUUCCGGCUCUACUUCCACGGCUUCACCAUUGAGGUUCAGGCCUUUGCACACGAGUUCCAGUUUGAAUACCCCUUCGAGCUCCAGGUGUUAGCUGGCUGUACAUGGCGCGCUGGGAAGCCCUCGGGAAGCUUCUUCAACGGGGCCUAUCAAGGCUCAGACUUCCUGAGUUUCCAAGGAAACUCCUGGCAGCCAUCUCCGGGAGCGGGGAGUCGGGCUCAGAAGGUCUGUGCUGUGCUCAACCGCUACCGAGAUAUUAAGGAGAUCGUGCUGAGCCUUCUCAGCCACACCUGCCCCCGGUUUCUGGCGGGAAUCCUUGAAGCAGGGAAGUCCGAGCUGGGACGACAAGUGAAGCCCGAGGUCUGGCUGUCCACCGGCCCCAGUCCCGGUCCUGGCCGUCUGCUCCUUGUGUGCCAUGUGUCCGGCUUCCACCCGAAGCCCGUGUGGGUCAUGUGGAUGCGGGGUGACCAGGAGCAACGGGGCACCCGGCGAGGCGACGUCCUGCCCUACGCUGACGACACGUGGUAUCUUCGGGUGACCCUGGACGUGGCGGCCGGGCAGGCGGCCGGCCUGUCUUGCCGAGUCAAGCACAGCAGCCUAGGAGGCCAGGACAUAAUCAUCCACUGGGGUGGAGAAUGGGCCCCGUUGACACUGACGAGUCUCGCCGUGCUGGUCACCCUGCUCCUGCUGGCGGUCCUGUGCUCCUGGCUUAAAAAGCUCAGCUCAAAUGGGAAAGGCGCGGCGCCCGGUGAACCCAGUCCUGACUCCGCCGCAGCGGCCAGCGCCCGGGGACCCGGAACUUCUGGACGCCAGCUCCACGUGCCCCGGGAAUCCUGGAUCAAGAACAGACUUUUCAAGAAACUGGAAGCAAGCCUCAACCCGCUCUGGCAACGUUAGCUUUCCCUCCCCCAGAAAACCCGUUUCUGCUGCUUCUUACGCACAGUUCAUACCUAUAAACAAAGCGUAACUUUGAUUAAAAAAAGGCUAAUUGUGGCGGGCGUCUUGACCCCUUCACAAAUCUUUAUUUUGUUUUACGUUUUGCUUUUUCCCGUCUGCCGGCAAUACCUUUUUCUGCAUCGGCCGUGUCUUCAUUGCUUUGGAUUCUUCAAACUCUAAUUCAGAAGCUUCUUCCUCAUGGAAGUUUCCCUAGAUCGCCCAAUUGAAAGAUCUUCCAAGAUUGGAAAGAUGGACCCAAAUACGUUCAUCUCUUCCUGCUCUGAACAGUGAUUACUGAGGCUUUUGCUUUUCUGUGUGUGUGUGUGUUUUUUUUUUCUCAGUUGCUUGAAAGCAGGAUACAGGUGUUUGUACUGGUACCUGUGACCAAAAUUCAGGGCCUGCUCCGUGGGCGUUGCAGUCUUGAAACCCUUAGUAAAACUUGGAGAGACUGUGCUUUCAUUUUGUACUGGCCCCACAAAUCAUGUAGCUGGUUUAGAGCAAGAUGUUUGUCAGUAAAUGUUGAUUGAAAUGAA